AGCCCUCCUGUGUAACCCCUGAUUGGCUGAGGGGAUUGCAGGUCCUGAGACUGAGACGCUCGCUGCUUGCAGUGUGCACCAACCAGAGGAGCAGAGAGGAGAGGAGCGCUCAGUGGACUCAACUAGACAGCAGCAGCAGCAGCAGCAGCAGCAGACUGGCAACGAGUGGUGAUUUCUCUGCUUUUUCUUUUCUCCUUUCUGCCUCAACAGAGCUGGAUUUAAGGCGACUGGACUUUUUUUUUUUGCUGCAGCCCCAAACCUGAAAUGCGUUUUGUACAUACAGUAGCAUCGUUUUCCUCUACUGCCACUGGAUCUUUUCUUCAUGUUGCAUGGACUAAUGAUCGGGAUUUUUUUUUUCCAAGUGAGGAAAUUAAUUAGUAAGUAAAAAAGCUGACUAAAUCUGCUGGAAAUAAUAAAAGAAAAGAGGAAAUCUGGACUUCAGUGAGACAUUCCUGCUAUCGCACCCCUUUCUCAAACAGACCCGGACUUAAAGCUGUUGAAUCAUUUUGUGACUGCAGAUUUUUUUUUUAUUAUAGCCGAAGAGGAAAUAGUCUCACUGCUUGUAAUAUCUCCCACAGAGCAAAGAUGCGACUUAAGUAGAGCUGGAGACAAGGAGGAGAAUUCAACACGGACUUUUUUUCUUUAUUUUUUUUAUUCAUUUUGUGGACUUAUUAGCUCACAGGAAUUCUCAUUCACUUGAAGAAGAAAAAAAAUGGACAGUUGAUGAUUAUGAGUCAUGUAUGAGACCAGUUUGAGCUGAGAGCCGCCCGGAUUUCCAGGCUAAAUCAUCAGUGUUGUGAGGAGAUUCAGCAUGUUUUCACAGAUCUGUCGUCUCCAAUGUUUCUCCAUCUGCAGCAGACCGGAGGAGAGUGAAAUAGGCGACUUGUUACAAUUAUAGCUUUUUUUUACACCAUGAUAUAAUUUUGCAUACACAAGAGCUACACCCAAACACUUUUUUGCAAUUUUUUUUAUUUGUAUUGCCUGGACAUUUUGAAUGAGAUGAUUCAUUUGGAACAUUUCUGCUGUUUCCUCUGACGCGCAUUCUUGUGCGUAAUUUACCAAAAAAAAAAAAAAGGUCUUUUUUUUUUUAUUAAACUCAACAGGUAACAAUGGAAUUAAUACAAUUACUCGCUGUGUUCCUGUUGUUUUGGGUGAGUGAGGCUGUCAUUAAUCUGAAGUAUGGAAUAAACGAGGAGAUGAAGCCCGGCUCAGUGAUUGGAAACGUGACAAAGGACGCGCUAAAGCAAGGAUUUCAGAUCGCACCGCAGCCUCCUUAUUUGAGGGUGAUUUCCAACUCAGAGCCUCGAUGGGUGGAACUGAGUCCAGCAGGAAUCCUUACAACCCAGAUGAAGAUAGACCGGGAUGUAGUGUGUCGACAGAACCCAAAGUGCAUUAUCUCCCUAGAAGUGAUGUCAAACUCGAUGGAGAUCUGUGUCAUCAAAGUGGAAAUCGAGGAUUUGAACGACAACGCACCCAGAUUCCCCACCAGCCACAUUGACAUUGAGAUCUCUGAGAACGCCUCCCCUGGGACCAGGUUUCCUCUAGAGGGGGCAAGCGAUCCGGACUCGGGGAUCUUCUCUGUGCAAUCAUACUCCAUCACUCCAAAUGAGUUAUUCGGACUGGAAAUAAAGACCAGAGGAGAUGGCUCCAAAAUAGCAGAGCUGGUUGUGCAGAAGUCGCUAGACAGAGAGACCCAGUCCCACUAUGCGUACGAGAUCAGCGCAGAGGAUGGAGGAGAUCCUCCUAAAAUAGGAGCAGUCCAAUUAAACAUCAAGGUGAUUGACUCUAAUGACAACAACCCUGUAUUUGAUGAGCCAGUGUACACCGUGAACGUCAUGGAGAACUCCCCAAUUAACACAUUAGUCAUAGAUUUGAACGCAACAGAUCCAGAUGAGGGCACUAAUGGAGAGGUGGUUUACUCCUUCAACAGUUACGUCACCGAGAAGACAAGAGACGCGUUUAAAAUUGACUCCAGAAGUGGCGUCAUCACUGUCAACGGGCUGUUGGAUUAUGAGACAGCGCAGAUAUACGAGAUUGAUGUCCAGGCUAAAGAUUUAGGUCCAAACUCCAUCCCUGCUCACUGCAAAGUCACAGUGAACGUGAUGGACACCAACGACAACGCGCCUGUCAUCAGUCUGCUCUCCUUAAACACGGAGAUGGUGGAGGUGAGCGAGAACGCGCAGCGCGGGUACGUGAUCGCGCUGGUUCGGGUGUCGGAUAAGGACUCAGGUGCGAAUGGGAAAGUGCAGUGCAGGCUGCAGGGAAACGUGCCCUUCAGGCUGCAGGAGUACGAGAGCUUCUCCACCAUCCUGGUGGACGGACGGCUGGACAGAGAGCAGAAGGACACGUACAACCUCAGCAUCCAGGCGGAGGACAGUGGCUCGCCUCCUUUACGCGCGACUAAAUCCUUAGUAGUGAAAGUGACAGAUGAGAAUGACAACCCACCACACUUCCUCAAACCACACUAUCAAGAGAUGGUGAUGGAGAACAACCUGCCUGGCUCCUGUCUCCUAGCGGUGUCUGCAGAAGACCCGGAUCUGGGCAUGAAUGGCACAGUGUCCUACUCCAUAGUGCCAGGUGAGAUUAAGCACAUGGAUGUAAACACAUAUGUUAGUAUAAACCCAUCAGGCCGCAUCUACUCCAUGAGAUCAUUCGACCAUGAGUACACCAGGACUUUUGAUUUCAAAGUGUUGGCCAGAGACAAUGGGAACCCUUCUCUGUCCAGUAACGCCACGGUGCGGAUUGUGGUCCUGGAUGUCAAUGACAACACACCUGUGAUGACCAACCCUCCAUUGGUUAAUGGAACAGCAGAGGUGUCCAUUCCUAGAAACGCAGGGGUCGGCUACAUGGUGACCCAGGUCAAAGCAGACGACUACGACGAAGGUGAGAACGGAAGGUUGACCUACACAAUCUCAGAGGGCGACAGGACCUUCUUUGAGAUCGACCAGGUGAACGGAGAGGUGCGAAGUACCCGGAUGUUCGGUGAAAACGCCAAGUCCACCUACGAGAUCACGGUGGUGGCUCGGGACCACGGUAAACCGUCCCUGUCCGCCUCGGCCUACAUCGUGGUAUAUCUGUCCCCGGACCUGAACGCUCAGGAGCCCAUCGGACCCGUCAACCUGUCCCUCAUCUUCAUCAUCGCUCUGGGCUCCAUCGCGGCCAUCCUCUUCGUCACCAUGAUCUUUGUGGCGGUGAAGUGCAAGAGGGACAACAAGGAGAUCCGGACGUACAACUGCAGUUUCUUCUACUUGCGCAGGGUGGCGGAGUACUCUUAUGGCAACCAGAAGAAGUCCAGCAAGAAGAAGAAGCUGAGCAAGAACGACAUCCGCCUGGUGCCGCGCGACGUCGAGGAGACGGACAAGAUGAAUGUGGUGAGUUGCUCGUCUCUCACCUCCUCGCUCAACUACUUCGACUACCACCAGCAGAGCCUGCCGCUGGGCUGCAGGCGCUCCGAGAGCACCUUCCUCAACGUGGAGAACCAGAACUCACGCAAUGCAGCUCCCAACCAUGGCUAUCAGCACCCGUUCACUGGGCAGGCCCACCAGCAGCCAGACCUCAUCAUCAACGGCAUGCCACUGCCAGAGACGGAGAAUUACUCCAUCGACUCCAGUUACGUGAACAGCAGAGCCCACCUCAUUAAAAGGCCCCCAUGUAGCACGUCGACAUUCAAGGACCUGGAGGGGAACAGUCUGAAGGACAGCGGCCACGAGGAGAGCGACCAGACCGACAGCGAACACGACGUCCAGAGAGGACACUAUGUUGACACGGCUGUCAAUGACGUGCUGAACAUGACUGUCCCCCCCAAUGUUUGCCAGCUGCCAGACCAAGAUCCCAGCGAAGGCUUCCACUGCCAGGACGAGUGUCGCAUCCUCGGCCACUCUGACCGCUGCUGGAUGCCUCGCCACCCCAUCCCGGCACGUGCCAAGUCGCCCGAGCACGGCCGCAACGUCAUCGCUUUGUCCAUCGAGGCAACCACGGUGGACGUGCCCCACUACGAGGAUGGCACCGCCAAGAGGACUUUUGCCACCUUCGGCAAGGAUGGACCCGAGGACGUGGAGCGGGGAGAGUUAAAGGGGAAGCGGACUCAGGAGUCUCAGGUGUGCAGCCCCAAGGCCAAUGGAGGGGCUGUCCGCGAAGCUGGCAACGGGCGCGAGGCCGCCAGCCCCAUCACGUCCCCCGUGCACCUGAAGAGCCCCGUGUCCAAGCCGUCGUCUGCCUACAACACGCUGAAAUGCCGCGACGCGGAGCGAAUCGCCAACCACAGCCUGCUGCGGCAGCCGGAGGGGAAGGACAGUGAGCCAGCUGUCAGGGAGAUCAACACGCUUCUCCACGACGGCCGAGACAAGGAGUCCCCCAGCAGCAAGCGCCUGAAGGACAUUGUGCUUUAGCGAGCUCCUCUACGACACACGCACCAACAUUCAUGCACACAUGCCGUGUAAACUCACAUAUAUGUACCCCGCAAUAGCUGUGUACACAGAAGGAAGCCAGGCUGUGGACGUAUAGAGAGACACACCCAUUUGCAGUAUACAAUAUUCACUGAGGAUGAUGGACUGUAGUGCGCUGCAGCUAGCUGUGUGCUCGAGGCGAGGUAGUGGAUGUGGCUUUGUCGUAGUCGCAGUACUUUUUUCCUUGUUUUGCUUUUUUGUUGAGUUUUCUUUCUGAGUGGACAGGCAGGUUACUGUUGACUGCAUGGACGUGGCCAGUGGACCUCUCCAGCGCCAAAGCAGCAGGACAUCUGCGUGUUUGGACACCCGAGGUGCCGAUUCAUAAGUACAGUUAUGCCUUUUGAACUACUUUUGUAUCACAAACUGAUAUUUGCCUUCUUUGGUUUUGCAGUUUGUUCUAGCUGCCAAAAUCGCUCUUUGUUCCUUUGUAUAGUGAGCUCCAUCAAUGUAAUAAACGACAUACACAGGAUUCAUCUAAAGAUAUUCCCAAUUUACUCCUUCAGCAGUGCAUUCAAGGGGGGUGUUGGGGGGUGGGGGGGAGGAAAGAGACGCCCCCCCCCACUCUCAUUUGCCCCCGACUAAUAAGAGAAACUUUCUCUUCGUAUCCCCGAGGACAUCCCAGUGUCAUCAGACUGUGAGGUCUUUACAGUAUUUAUAUUUUAUCAAGGAUGGAGCUAAAUGAACUCUCGCUAUCUGCCCAGCCGCUCUGAACACUGGAAGUGGGACAGACACGAUCCUUGUGUUCAAAAUGAGCUGUAUGGAAAAAAAAAAAGACUGCUUUUGAAAUCUCCUGUGCCCAACCUUGAUUGUAGCCAGUGGAGCACAAAUUAGAACUUUGUGCUCUGGUCUUGUACUUUUUUUGACUUUUGACUAUGGGGCUAGGAUAGAAGGGAUCGUCACUCAUGUCUUGCUAUGUGAAACCCUCUAUAGGGGUUUACUAUUAUCAUUUUUAAUAACCUGUUGUUAUGUGACAAUCCCUUUAAUGUUUUGUUUCAAGAGAAAAAAACAAAUAAACAUUGGUGUUCAACUGAAGCUACAGUAGCGUUUGUUACACAAACACAAAAAUAAAAAAAAACAUAUAUGCCAAAAUAUAUUUUAUAAAUAAUUUAAAAAUGUAUAAUGAGAAUAUUUAAUGCUGUGUAGUUAUUUUAUGAGUAAGUUAUACUUGAAAUUAACUUGCUUUGGUUCAUUUGUCUUUUGCUUUUAUAUUGAAUCUGAUUUUUUUUUUUUUAUUAUUAUUAUUAUUAUUUUCAAAAUGAACUUGGAUUAUUUUUUUGUUUACUGUGUGACCCCCUGGCAACUGUUGCAGUCUACCUUGUUGUAAAGAGUUUCUUAUUGGUCAGUUCUUGUGCCAUCAAGUUUCUGUGUGGGCUACUAGAAAAUGUAAAAAAAAAGACAAAAAACAACAAACAAAAAAAACGCGAUAUCAGCACCAACAUUAGUGUGUCAGUUCAAUGAGCUUAGAGUGAGAUAGCAAAAGAAACCAAAAAAGAUGCAAACAAAACCUUAAGAACUUGCAGGAUGUUGCUUAAUCUUAGUAUCUAAGGAGGAGACAGAACGGCUCCCAGAGUUCUCCGAGCUGGUUACAGGGUUCCACCUAUUUUAUCUGUCUAAUGAGUCGCCUUUUCCUAUCGGGCCCAAUCACAUUUAAAACAAGACUUUUCCAGCCUCGACUGACAUUCGGACGCAAAGACUAGCUUUGCUCAGCACUGCUGUCACCCUGUGCCAUCUGUGUUCAGUUGAUCUCAAAGAUAAGGUUGAGACCAGAGCGGUAUAAACAGGGCUCUCCCCUCCUACGAGCACCGCACAACAGACUGGGUGGAAUCAUGUUUGAACGAACUACGGUUUACAGAGGAACCGUGUUGCACAUCAGCAAUGUGGUUUUAUGUUGCUUUGCAGUAAACUAUGUACAAUGUGGAAAAAUAUGAAUGAAAAAUUGACAAAGUGCAUACAACAAACUAGAUCUUGUAGCUGAAUGUUUUGCUGGUCUCACCCAUGGCUUCUGGCAACAUGAAAAUCGGAAUAAUCACUGAAUGUAUACAGCAGCUUAUAAUUAAACUAUUAAAUGUU